AACGCUUUUGGUAGCUGAAAAGCGCGAAGUUGCUCACAAAAGUGAUUUUACGAGUGUUUCUAGUGAUUUUAGCUUUUAUUCGCGAAUUAUUUCGAUAAAUCCAAGCUCCAGAGUUCCAUCAAGAGUAAAUUCUCGAUACAAGAUGUCCGCCGAUAUUACACUGGCUGAAACCGAAACUCGUACAGAAAUGGAAGAAAAACUGGAAAAGCUGAUCGAUAACGGUAUCGCUGAAAUGAAAAAGAAACUCAGUUGUUAUUCGAAGCAAGUCGAUCAUAAUGAACGUAUAAUCAAAGAGUUCGGUCUAUGGGAUUAUUAUAACUCGAUUCCAGAUGAUGUAUGCGGCGUGAACGAUAUCAGCGAUGUGAACGUCGUAUUGAAUGCUCAAAACCAGAAACUGCAAAAGCUCAGCAACGAGUUGACCGUCGCGCAGUUGGAUACGUAUUUGAAUUCUCUUCGCACGAUGGCCAAAUCCUUAGAAGAAUAUUACACCUAUAUACAGAAAGAAAUUGAAAAAUACGACGACGAAUUCAUCAAGCAAUGCCACAGCUGUAACCAAGACGGAUUAGAUUUCACCAAUUUACAAACAACUAUUCAUAAACUGCAAGCUGAUAUUUAUCAAGCUAACGAGAAACAGGAGCCAAAAACCAUCGUAACAACGAAGCUAUCGCAGUGUUUCGGUUUACACAAGGAAAUCACUCUGUGUCAAACAGAAUUAGAUAAAAUGAAGAACGAACUAUCUACCAUUCGUCAUUUACCAUCGAAUCUUCCCGAAGCUGAAAAGAAACUCAACGAUUUAAAGAAGAAAUUCCGCGAAGUGUCCAACGAGUUCUCCAAGAAAGUGUCUCAAUAAGAUACGCAAUCACCAUUUGGUAUUACGACUUGAGGCAGAAAAUCGAAUCAGUAAAAUUUCGACAAAAGCAAACACCGCAAAGUAAAUAGAAUCGAACGUACCUCCUAUUAUGUAAUCUAUGGAAAUUCAGCUAAUUUUUGUAACUAAAAAUUGGAAAGUACCGUACAUAUUUGUAAUCGAUUGCAAUAUUUUCAUUAGAUUAUUACAUAAUUUUCUUUCAGGAACUGAAGAAACGAACGAAAAUCAAAAGAAAAAAACUACUGACGGAUCGUAGUAUCAUAUUGGUUAAUUUUUCAUUUUUUCAUUAAUCAUCUAGUCGUUUUUAUUGUUGUUGAUGUUGUCGUUGUUGUUUAAUAUAGGUACCAAACAAUGAAAUUUUACCAGUGUA